AUAAUAAAUGUACUCAUUUUGAUGAGAUCAAUUGGCCUACACGAAAAAUACUGUAGUAUGCUUUACUUACUAUAAUAAACUGUACUAAAAUUCAAUUACUAUAGUGAUUUUAAACAUUACACAUAGUAUACAUUAACAUGGUGUGAAAACUUAGUGGGGUUUACUAUAGUAAAUGCUAAAUAUUUUAUCUUGUUUGUUUGUUUGUUUUUUUAAAAAAGCAAACAUAAAAAGAAAAAACUGUGUCAGGUUAAUGACAUUAGUCAAAUAAUAGGUGAUUUAUAUGCAAUAUUCUGCAUCAAAACUGUAAGAGUCAGUAAGAGUUAAAAAAAAUGUGAAACUUUGCCGAGUGGUUUCGGGUGUUAUGGUGCAUCUGUUUGCGAGAGUCUUUUUGUCAGUGUUCUGAGCAGGCGGGUCCUGGGACAAUGGUGCCCGUUGGUUGCCAUGGUGAUGGUGGAGUCACCCCCCAGGGGGUCAGUGGGGUGGGAGGGGUGAGGCCUAAAGAAGAAGAGAAAAAAACUUUCUCAUCUCUCUCUAUUCACCCUGCAUCUCUCUCGAGUUUGAACUAGUUUCUCAUUUAGGAGUGAAAAACAACCGUGCACCAUUGGGCAACAGGUAGAGGACCUCGGUGAAACAUCUCUUACUGUACUAUUCAACGUUCCCCAUUAAAACCCUAUCGAGUCAUUGUUGCUGUAAUAAAACAAAGUCAAAAGUAGGACUGGAAAAUAAAUCAAUCCAACAUUACAACUAAAGUGAACAUUUUGAAUGUGUCCCUAAGCUCCAGUCUGCCACAGCCGGUCUGCUGUGCUGUUUUCUAAGUGCCUCCCCCUUGAGAGAGAGUCAGGGGAACAUGAAGGUCUUUGUCCUGCUGUACCUCUAUGACUGCGCCCCUGUGAAGGUGCCUUAUGGCUGCUCGCCUGGGCCGACUUUAAACUGGAGAUUAGCUUAACAAACUCAGCGCCGGGUUGGUGGAGGAGGGGAUGCCGGAGAAACGGAAAUGUUAGGAGCAACACGAGUGGUGGCGUCUCAGCAAUGUUGUGGACCAGAGAUUGACCCGAAAGUCGCCUUCCCGCGACGAGCCCAGCCUAAGUUGGUGACACGGACAAAGAAAAUAUUUGUUGGCGGUCUGUCAGUGAACACCACUAUUGAAGAUGUAAAGCAGUACUUUGACCAGUUCGGAAAGGUCGAUGAUGCAAUGCUUAUGUUUGACAAAACAACCAACAGGCACAGAGGGUUUGGAUUUGUGACGUUUGAGAAUGAAGAUGUUGUGGAGAAAGUUUGUGAGAUCCAUUUCCACGAGAUCAACAACAAGAUGGUGGAAUGUAAGAAAGCACAGCCCAAGGAAGUGAUGUCACCCACAGGCUCUUCAAGGGGUCGUGCACGUGUGAUGCCAUAUGGAAUGGAUGCUUUCAUGCUUGGGAUUGGAAUGCUGGGGUACCCAGGGUUCCAGGCCGCUACAUAUGCCAGUCGCAGCUAUGCUAGUCUUACACCAGGAUACACAUAUCAGUUCCCUGAAUUCCACUUAGAGAGGACCCCCCUUCUGACAUCACCCCACCCCCCUGAGCUCACAGCCAUUCCUCUUACAGCGUACAACCCCAUGGCAGCGGCCGCCGCAGCAGCAGCUGUGGUCAGAGGCUCCACUCCUUCCCGCACAGCUGGUUUUCUGGGUACCAGCAGUCCCGGGCCGAUGGCAGACCUGUAUGGAACGACCAGUCAGGAGUCAGCAGUCAGUAGUUACAUCAGCGCUGCCAGUCCCGCACCAAGCACUGGAUUCAGUCACAGCCUCGGGGGUCCUCUGAUAGCUACAGCAUUCACUAAUGGCUACCACUGAAAUGUAUGAUUGACAGCUACAAUAAUGAUUAUUGUUUUUAUGUCUUCCCCAAAUCUUAAAGGGCCACUCAACUUUUUUUGAAAAUAUGCGCAUUUUCCAGCUCCCCUAGAGUUAAACAUUUGAUUUUUACAGUUUUGGAAUCCAUUCAGCUGAUCUCCAGGA